AUGGCCAACAGAAAAACGAAGCUGACCUACUUUGAUGCUGCUGGUCGAGCAGAGAUUCUCCGUCUGCUUUUAACUUAUGCAGGUAAAGAGUUUGAAGACAAUCGUAUCAGCCGAGAUAAGUGGCCAGAAAUUAAACCAACAACACCAUUUGGCCAGGUACCAGUUGUUGAAAUUGAUGGCAAGGUAUUUGGCCAAACUGUGGCUAUUGCUAAUUUUUUUGCCAGCGAAUUUGGCCUGUAUGGCAAAACAAAUCUGGAUCGCCUGAGGAUUGACCAGCUUGUGCAGCUUAUUGAAGAUUUUGUUCAGGAAGUGGGUAAAGUUUACCGUGAACCUGAUGAAGCAAAGAAAGCUGAACUUGAGAAGAAAGUGAAAGAGGAAGCGGCACCAAAGUAUCUCGGCUUUAUUGAGAAGAUGCUGAAUGAAAACAAAGGUCAACGUCUUUUAGGAGACAGUGACACAUAUGGGGAUAUAGUUAUUUAUGAUUUGGUUACAGGGUUUCUAGGUCCUUAUACAGCAACAGCAGUUGAACAAUCUCCAUUAGUUAAAGCUCUGGCUGAAAGAAUUGGAAAUAAUGACAGGAUCAAAGCUUACAAAGCUAAGCAUAAUUGA